CCUCCCUCCACUCCCUUUGACAGGAUCCUGUCCAGGUCAAGAGAAUCAGACCCUCAAAAAUUUUUCUUGCUUACGACUUUCCAUCAUGUCUUGUAUGUAUCGAUUAUGCCGGUCACUUCGGCCCGGCCGAGGCGCUCCCCUGCGACCGCUCUCGUUACAAACGUCGACACGAUGCGGUUUCUCCACCAGCGCUUCACGCCCGUUGAUGGAACUGACAGGCUUCAGCGAGGAGCAGCUAACAGUGCGCGAUGCUGUAUCGGCCAUCUGUGCCAAGUUCCCCAACACGUACUGGCAAGAAUGCGACCAAAACGAGCGUGACCCUCAAGAGUUCCACGCCGCUUUCGCCAAAGAUGGAUGGCUGGGGAUUGCACUACCCGAGGAGCUAGGAGGGGCGGGCCUGGGAAUCUCGGAAGCGACAAUGAUGAUGCAAACCAUCACCCAGUCGGGGGCAGGCAUGGCCGGCGCGCAGGCCAUCCAUGCUAAUGUAUACGCCACACAACCGCUGGCUCGGUUCGGGACGCGUGAACAACUUGGAGAGACGAUUCCCAACAUCAUCAACGGCACAUGGCGCACAUGCUUCGGUGUAACAGAACCCAACACCGGUCUAGAAACACUGAAGCUCAAGACACUGGCCACCAAGGAUCCUUCCCGGGACGUUUACUCUGUGACAGGUCAGAAGAUCUGGAUCACCUGCGCCCAGGUAGCCUCGAAGAUGAUUCUCCUGGCGCGAACGACGCCACUAGAGGAAGUGACCAAGUCUACUCAGGGAUUGUCUAUGUUCUGCAUUGAUCUGGACCGUAGCAAGCCGGGGCUGGAGAUGCGCAAGAUCAAGAAGAUGGGCGGACGAGCAGUGGACGCCAACGAGGUCUUCUUCGACCAGUAUGAGGUUCCUGCGCAAACGCUUGUUGGACAGGAGAACGAUGGAUUUCGAAUCAUCCUGCACGGCAUGAACGCCGAGCGCUGUUUGUUGGCAGGCGAGGCAUUGGGGCUGGGAUAUGCGGCACUGGAGCGAGCAGCACAGUACGCAAAGGAACGUGUAGUUUUUGGACGGCCUAUCGGGCAAAACCAGGGCAUUGCGCAUCCGCUGGCGGAUGCAUAUAUGAAGCUGGAGGCGGCCAAGCUGGCGACGUAUCAUGCGGCGCGGCUCUAUGAUGCAUCGAAGCAGGAUGAGACUAUCCCUUUACACUCGGUCGGAGUGGCAUGUAAUAGCGCUAAAUACCUGGCUGCCGAGGCAGCGUUUACGGCGUGUGAACGAGCGGUGCUCAGCCACGGGGGCAUGGGGUACGCCAUGGAAUACGACGUGGAGCGGUAUCUACGUGAGUGUUUGGUGCCACGGAUUGCGCCGAUCAGUCGCGAGAUGAUUUUGAAUUAUGUGAGCGAGAAGGUGCUGCAGCUGCCACGUAGUUACUGA